AUGUUUUCAUUAAUGGAUUUAAUUUUCUAUUUUUUUGCAGUACUAGUUAUUCUAUACUGCAAAUUUUCAACCAAUAAUAAUGACCAACAAACCCAACAAACCCAACAAACCCAACAACAACAAACCCAACAACAAACCCAACAACAACAACCACAACAAACCCAACAACAACACCCACAACACACCCCAACAACCCAUUAUAGUUUAGUUGAGGAUAUUGAUGAAAUAAUCCAACAACAACAACAACAACAACAUCAACAUCAACAUCAACAACAACAUCAAUUUCAAUUUCAUUAUCAACAUCAACAUCAACAUCAACAUCAACAUCAACAUCAUCAACUACAACUACAAUAUACACCACACCCACACUCACAACCACAAAUUGUUCCAACAACCUAUUCUAAUUUUGAUGAGGAGUUAGAUCAAAAAAACAAACAACAAAAUCAUCAUCAACACCAAUAUCAAAAUCAUCAUCAGGAUCAGCAUCAACAUAAUCAUAAAAAAAGAGAAAAAGGCGAUGGACACGAAACAAGAAAUAGAAAGAAGAGGUAA